AAUAGGAUCUGUUUGCCGUUUGCAUGUGAGAAAGGCAGACUGCACUUCAGACAGUUGGCUGUAUGUUGUGUUUAGAGGAGGUGAAAUCACUUUCUGCAUACUGAAUUUUUAAUCUGCUGACUUCAGAGAACCUUUUAAUCUCUCCUCUUUAUUUUUUAUUUUGGGGAAGUUGUAUGCUUCUGCUUUAAGUGUACAUCAUCUACAGUACAUUGCAGUAUCCUCUGAGUUCUUCCACAAGUAUGAGCUGCGAAGCAGGAGAAGUGGCCACGGAUGUCUUCAACUCAAAGAGCUUGGCCGUUCAGGCUCAAAAGAAGAUUCUGGGUAAAAUGGCUUCCAAAUCUAUUGCCACAAUCCUGAUAGAUGACGUCACCAGUGAGGUCCUGGACGAGCUCUACCGAGUGACAAAGGAGUACACACAGAACAAGAAGGAUGCUGAGAAGAUCACCAAAAACAUCAUCAAGAUAGUCAUAAAGCUUGCAGUGUUGUUCAGGAACAACCAGUUCAAUGAAGAGGAGAUUGCAUUGAUGGAAAAGCUGAAGAAAAAAGUCCACACAUUAGCCAUGACUGUCAUCAGUUUCCAUCAGGUUGACUUCACUUUUGACCGCAACGUCCUCUCCAAAUUGUUGAAUGAAUGCAGGGAGUUACUUCACCAAAUUAUCAACCGGCACCUAACGACAAAAUCCCAUGGACGUGUCAACAAUGUGUUUGAUCACUUUUCAGAUUGCGAAUUUCUUGCUGCUUUGUACAAUCCCUUUGGACCUUACAAACCCCAUUUGGAAAAGCUCUGUGAUGGAAUCAACAAAAUGCUAGAUGAUGGAAACAUCUGAGUACUUGUUGCGUGUCCAGAGAACUUUCUUUGGCGAGGAACAUGGUUGACAUGUGAAGAAAUAAGGGACACUAGCAGAAGAUGAUAACAUAUUCAGUGCAUAAGAACAUUGACCAUUUAUGUAUCUAAGAAUACAUGCUCAUGCAUGGGUUCUUGAAUACAAACUAAAAUGCCACUUUGCUGUGCAGUGCUGUGUUGAGGAGAAAAAUUGUAUUUUUAUUAUGUUGCGCAGACCAAGCGAAAUUAGUGGACGGAGGAUUAGAAUAAUUGCUUGGUAUUAGGAAAUAUUAAGGGGCAUGAAGUCCUGCAAAUAUUCUUUUAAAACAUGAUAUACUUUAAAGCUUAAGAACCAAAGUAAGUGAAAUGAAAAUAGGUGGGAUGUAUAUGUACCAUACUGUCUUAUAUGUGGUUCUGUAUAGUAGUGUACUGAUACUCUGGGUCCUGGAGAGUCACAGGUCUGGUUUUCAUUCAUGUAAUGGGUUUAAAGGAAAAGUCUUCCAGUUUUGUUUAGCUUCAUUGAGGAGUUACUUUGACUGACACACCUGCAGGGCUGUGGCUCUUUGGGACCAGGAGUGAAGACCACUAAUUAAAAGGACUGAUAGAAUGAGGUAGAACCAAAAAUGAAUGAACCUAUCUGUGCAGCAGAGUUCAGGGUUGCCUGCUUGACAUGUCUCUUGUGAGUUAUUUUACAUCUGCUGUGUUGAAAUAAUUUUGAUUCCAAAUAAGUUAAAAUUGUAUUUUAUUCUUACAGACAUAUAUAUUUAUGAAAGAGUUUUUUAAAAAAUGCAUCUACUUUAAAAGUACUCGGGAACCAAAACUUGAAAUGUGUCUAUUGAAUGUGGAAAAUAUACUGUAUAUUGCAAUAAAAAGCCCAGAAGUUGAAUACUGUGCCAACCAAGCUUUUUUUUUACCAAGUUUGAUUCAUCUCAAAUGCAAUAUAUCCAAAUGUUCAAAUGUGUACAACCACAUACUUUGCUUUCAAAGAAAACAAACAUAUAUUUUUAUGUUACAAGCUAUUAAAUGUGGUGUGUUCAAGUAGGAAUUUUAGUUUGACCUGUUAUGUGGCAAUUUGCUGUGAACGUUUUUUUAAAUGUCUUCCCUUCAAAGUUAAUAACAUCAAUAAAUAUUGUGCAUACAGAAAGGUU